AAAAGAAAGAAGCACCAAGCCUUCUGAGCCGCUCGUAGACUGAUACUUCGUAUCUCAGAGCCCCACAAAUCAAUCAGGGAUGCUGCGCGGAAGCCCUCCAACGCCUCGGACAAGGACCCCCGCUCAGAAGAAAAAGCUCUCUUUGCAACGAUCCAGCAGUUUCAAGGAUUUUGGAAAAUCGAAGCCAAGCUCCCCAGUUGUGUGCGAGAAGGAGUUCAACUUGGAGAAUGAGAUCCUUGAAGAUGACGCUGGGUCUGGAACCAAAGGAGCAGAAGAAGUUAAGCACAGUGGAGGCAAGUUCGGCAAAAAGUGGCGGGCCGUAAUAUCUCGGACCAUGAACAGAAAAUCAGGAAAGAUUAUGCUGAAGGCGAUGGCUGAUGAAAUGGAAGAACCAGGAGAACAAGCAUCCUCGUCCCCCGUAUCCCCUGAUGGGAGCUUCCCCUGCAAACUGUCAGACUAUGAGGACAGUGAACACACAACAGUCAGCAGACAGACCUCUAGUGGCAGUGAGCUGUGCAGUCCGUCAUACAUGUUCAGCACCAGGGACAGCAUGAAUAUGGAAUGCAUGUCGCCGCCGUACACGGGCCCGUUUUGUGGGAAAGCGAAGGUCCAUACCGACUUCACACCGAGCCCUUACGAAAAGGAUUCGCUCAAGCUUAGAGUUGGAGAUAUCAUUGACAUCAUUGAAAAACCACCAGAUGGCACGUGGACGGGAAUGCUCAACAACAAGGUUGGGUCAUUCAAGUUUAUCUAUGUUAAUAUUCUGCCUGAAGAGAAAGACGCCCCGAGAAAAGCCAGGAGACGCGGACGGAGCAAGAAGUCCCAACCGAAGAGUCUGCAGGAGCUGCUAGAACGCAUUAAUAUGCAGGAACAUAUUGCAACCCUCAUGCUGAACGGUUACGAGACGAUCGAAGACUUUAAAGACCUGACGGAGAGUCACCUGCUUGAACUAAAUAUCACUGACCCACAACACGUCGUCAAGCUCCUGACUGCGGCCGAGUUCCUGCUGGAUUAUGGCACCGGCAGUGAAUCAGAGGAGGUGACCGAGACAUCUUCCAACCAAAACUGUCACCUUCCGCGAGACUCGGGCUGCUAUGAGGGAUCAGAGAAUUUUGAGAACAGUCGGGAUGAGACAGACAAGACCAGUAUGGAGAACUUACAGAACUUAUCCUUAGAAGACUCCGUUAUCCAGAAGCAGUCUCAUAACGGCUGAUGGAUGGAUGAGAACCGGAACCUCGAGAUUGUGAAACUGAAGAACAAACGGGUAACAUCCAGGAAUAAGUCAAAUAGAAAACCAUCAAGUGGACUAAAAAUAAUGAUGCCUCUGACCUGGCAAGAUUCCUGGAUAUAAGGACCAAAUACGUUUUCUAAUAUUACACAGUAUUGUAAACUUUCUUUUUUGUCUUUUUUUCUGUUGGUUUAUUGGUAUAGUCUUUUUGUUGUAGCUUUUGGAUUAUAUUGUACAGUUCUUCACAGUCCUCAGGCAUAUUACAGCACAUACAGAUGAUAAGUAAUAUGCAUUUUGUAAAAGAUAAUGUUACAAUGCAGAGAGGAUUAAAACAAACUUCUUAUGUGACACAUCGUAUGAUGCAUUGUGAAGGACAAAGACCUUUCAUGAACUUCUUGUGUGACAUAAAGGUGUAGACAGUCUCGGACUGGGACGUGAAGGGCCCACCAGGGGGAUGCAAUGGUAUGGGCCUAUGCUUAAGGGGCGGGUCAUCCACCAGAGGGGGUGUGGUCAGGAAUCGCAGAUGCUUGGCCGUCAGACAAAGCUUGGUGUCAUUUUUAUAGAAGUGAACCAAGAACCCAUGUUUAUCAGUGGUCCUGCUCCACUGGAUAACUUCCCAUCUAAUACAGUAACAAUGUACAAUUUGAGUCUGGAACAUGAGGGGGUGGGCCCUUAUGCAGUGGGGCCCACCGGGAAUGCCCCCUGUGCUCCGGUGGGCCAGUCCAAUCCUGUGUGUAGAAGCAAAAUUACAUACUGUACUAGUAUUACCAACAUCCAGGAGGAUCUUACCCAACUAGUGGCCAAAUACAGAGAUGGACACUGCGGAGUCUGCCGUUGCCGGAGUCGUGGCUGUGAUGAUGUGUAGUAGCAAGCACUGAGACACCCACUUUCUGCAUCUAUGCACCGCCGGUGAUUCCUGAUAAGCCACAAGCAAUUCCUCCAUCAGAAUAUGGCCUCUGGGGCUGUGCGUUUGAGAAUGCAGCCGCUUUCACAGACAUGCCCGCGACACUUCCAUAACACGCCUUUGAGACAAAUUAUUUUCACGCUCACUGCAGGCCACCUAACAGUCACUGCCCAGGAACACUUGUCACGGUGCUGCCUUAUAUCGGAUGCCCUCUCUUCCGAUCGCAAUAGAAUCAUUGAGUCGUGGUGUUCAGGACUUUUUGCACAUGCGCAAUGACAUAAAGGUGUAGACAGUCUCGGACUGGGGCGCGAAGGGCCCACCAGGGGGAUGCAAUGGUAUGUUCCCAUGCUUAAGGGGCGGGUCAGUUCCUCCUUUCAACUACGUGAACAGCGCCAUAGCGUUCGAAUUGCGUGCACCUCUGGCUCCGGCCCUGGAACACAUACGGUUAAGUUGGGGAAUUGCUGGCGCUAUAUACCUAUUAAAUAAGUGGCCCACAUUCAUCCACAUAUUUUAUUUUAAUUCAAGUUUACAAACUGUCCAUAAAAAACAUAAAAAAGUUGAAUGUUGCAUCUGUCCAUAAGAACUAAGUAGAAGUGCUGCAAUACACACAUUAUUAACAGUACUUAUCACACCAGUAACUAUAUGAUGGUGUAUGGUCAUGCACUCUUUACUUAGAAUCUUUGUAGACCAUUCAAUGCUUGGCGCUGUGCCGUCAGGCUUCACCGCGAUGCCCGGCUGCGCAAAUUACUGCUUAUUUACAAACUUUGCUCAUUUUCCUGCACACAGUGACAGGGGGGUGAAGACAGAUCGCUGAUGACAGAAUCGCCCUCUAUGAUUCUGGCUCUGUUGUAGAUGCUACGUCUUUUUUUUAAUCCUGGCACACUUUGGGAAUAAUAGAUGCAAGCAGUCAGGAGUCAGGCCCAGAGGGCUUAGCGAGUCUCAUUGAUGAAAACCCAUUGAGUCCACUUACAGCUGAACACUCCACAGUCUGAUUUUAGUUAAACAUAAUUACUGUAUGUCCUUCGAUGGACAGCCUCUAAGCGACUGUGAUGGCUCCAUCUGGGCUCAGCUAAUAGAUUUGUGUCCAUACGGAGCUUAAACGUCAACGUGUCUUCUGUUCUAUAAAACUCACCUCUACAUGUAUUUCUGUGUACUAAAGGUCAUCUGAGUAUUAAAUAAAGUUGUACAUAG